UUCGAAUUCAACUCUACGACGGUAAGCAUCUUCUGGAGUAGCAGCAGCAGCAGCAGUAGCAGUGGAUCCCUCCCAGUAGGCAGAAAAUAAGAUUAUACUCAGGAACGUGGACACGCGUGCGUGUAUUGGUGAAUAGACAGUGAAACGGUGUGUGUGUUUGUGCACAGUGUUCGUCGCAGUGGCUAACGUGCCAAGAUUUUUCUUUUGUGUGCUUUCUGGCAAGGAAAAGUAGUUCAUGAAAAAGAGAUAUACACGUAUCUAUACGAGAGUGGAGCCAGAAGAAGUGGAUAUAGUAUAGAAGGCCUUUGGUGGAAGUGAAAUCGAUGCAAGAAGCAUAGCAGUCUACUCGGAUUGCUCUUAAUUGAGGAAGCGCUCGAGUUCGCAGUGAAUAACUACGACGACGACGAAUACAGCCAGUAAGCUAGGAAGCAGUAAUCGAUAGGAAAGAAGCAAAAGUUAGUUUUCAAAUUGUUAUCAUUUUAGUGUUUCAAUCUUCCAUUGCAAAUCCAAAACACCCCGUGAAAACGUGAACUUUCACCGCCGUGACACGGCCAACUCCCGAAUGUGAGUGUACAGCGCACCGCUUCCAACUCCCACAUUGAAGCAGAGGCACAAGCCCGUGAGGAUUUAAACUAAAACCAAGGAAUAACGAAAAAACAAACAGUGUUUCUAGCAGAAGUUCUAAAGUGCAAACAAAAAGAAGAAACAAAUCGCAGCAACAGCUGGAGUGAAAUUUGCGUUGCGAAGUUGUUAGUUUUUUUUUCUAGUGGCACGUUGUCCUGAAAACAAAAAAGCAUUGCAUUGUCGUUUGACAGUUCGAAGAAGAACCAGUUUCCAAGUUCAUUUCAAAGAAGCCGUUUCUGUUGGAUUCACAGUGAAGGAAAAUUUACAGUGUAUUAUCUCGGAGUGUGUUGCAGCAACAACAGCUGCGGUACUAGAAGUGCAAUAGCAAACAAGGAAAACUUCCACCUGCAAUUUAUUUUAGGAAGCCCAUUAAAAAAAAUCAAACCUGUGACCUUUUGCCGUGUGCAAGUUUUCAAGAAGAGAAGAAAAUUCGACAGUGAAUCCAAAGCCCGUGUCCGGGUCUCGUAUUCGUACUAACGGUGUGUUUACCCUGGGUAUUCGAAGAAACGAAGUAAAACCAUAACUACAGCCCUGUGUGGGAGAUAGGGGCACAAGUGAGUGAGUGGGAGUGUGGGGUCGAGUGGCAAAAUUGCGCACCUACCACAACUGCUAGGCCUCUUCUGCUAGUCCGGAGAGUGAAUAAACAUAGAAUGGAGCGUGAGUCGAAUCCAAUGCAGCCGAUGUGCAGAUCAGGUUGUGGAUUCUACGGCAAUCCCGCACAGGAUGGCCUAUGUUCAGUAUGUUAUAAGGAUUCCCUAAGAAAAAAGCAGCAACCACCAGUCAGCAGUACGCCAGUCGCUUCCAGUGCACCCUCGUUGCCCCCCUCCGGAGUCAGUUCAGUCACAGCUUCCUCCACCAACAUAGGCACGGUAGUCACAUCGCAGAUCUACACCAGCACAGCAGCCGCCGCCUCCACAGCCUCCGUCUCUGCCAGCGCCACCUCAAUCUCGCCGGUCACAGUGACAAACACCGCACAGCCCACAGUCCACAGUGCGAUCUUCAGUUCCGCCGACAUCAAGGAUAAAAUCGAUGAUGAAGAUGGGAGUUGCAGUGGAUCCUCUAGUAAUAAUUCCGCCGAUGGAGAUGAUAAAGACGGCGACAAAGAUAGCAAGAAGAAGAAGAACCGAUGCGCAACCUGCCGCAAGAAAGUUGGACUGACUGGUUUUGAAUGCAGAUGUGGGGGCCUCUACUGCGCAAUACAUCGAUACAGUGAUAAGCACGAAUGCUCGUUCGACUAUCGGGAACUGGGCGCGGCGGAAAUUAGACGUAACAAUCCUGUCGUGGUCGGAGAGAAAAUUCAAAAAAUUUGAACACUCGUGCCAUCUAAUAUCUAUUAAUAUACAUAUACAUAUAAUUCAAUUUAAUCUUAAUGAAAUAUAAAUAUAAUGAAAAAGAAGAAAAAGAAAGAAAACGGAAAAUGGAGAACGAAAACAAAACACAAACACACACACCUACAUACAAAUAAAACGGUAACAUACGCAUACAAGUACAGCAAAAAAAGAGAAGCGAAAAGAAACUUGAAAUCCUUAUAUACAUAUUAAACAACACAACAAUAAAAAUGCAAGGAAAGUAAAGUUGAUGCUAGUAAUUACAUUUCAAUAAAUUUAUUCAAAUUGGACGAAGCAGAAAGUAGGAUAUUAUAAUUUCGGAUAAACAUUCACAUUCAGUCAGACAUACGCUAGGAAGUGGUUUAUUAGCGAAACAUCAGCUCACACAAUCACACCCAUACAUACAUGCAGACACAAACAUACACAUACAUUCACACCAACAGAUGGACAUGGAAACUGUGUUUUUAGACGUCGACGACAGGAUUACGAUGUGUACUACUAAUAAAAUAGAAUCAAUUUGCCAAUUAUUCACAAUUACGUGGAAGUUUGUUCGCUUGUAAAUUAGUUUUGCUUCACACAAUCAUGUGUACUAUUAUUAUACAAAAUAUAAUAGGAGGAAACGAGAAGAGUGGGUCGUUUCACGUCGUGAGCCGGUUUGCAUGUCGAUAUGAGUUUAGCGUCCUGUUGUAUGUAUGUAAAAUGGAAUAUCGCCCAAAUGGGUAAAAAAUAAAACGCUACGUGGGCGUGAGUGUGGUGUUCGAGGGGCAAAACAUUUAGCAUAAAGUGGUUCGCCAUAAAGUGAUGGAUAUCCAGGUCUGUGUAAACUAUACAAAACGAAAGUACUGAUAACACGAUACAUCCUAUCAUAGUGACACAAACGUAAUUAUAGCAAAAACUUUCUUAUCCUGUUUGAAAUUCAACUGUUCUACUGAAAGUUCUUCUACAAGAAUUUCUCAUGCGGUUUGCUUUUUUUUAAAUUGUUAGUUUUAGUGAAAAAUAAUAAAAUAAUUUAUUGUUCAUUUUGAAAAUAUUAUUUUUUCAAUAUAUUAUUUUUACCUUGUCCUAGAUAUUCACCACUCUAUGCCAAAUGACUAUAUUUCGUAUAUGUUAGCCCUUGUGAAGGUGUCGAUGUAAGAAGGUGUGUCGAUGAGUGAGCUAUUGUUUUCGGUGAUUCUGUGAUUUACUGCUGCACAACUCGGUGUGGUGUGUCUGUGGUGGUGAGACCUCGGUCCGUGUGCGUGUGGUGAAAGCUUGACGAUUCUGGGAGAAGAACACUCUUACUAUUCUACUUGUACGUGUAGGUACCUAUCUAUACAACUAGUGUAUGCUAUAUUUGUUGUUUUUCACAAUGCCCUCUUCUUUGUUUCUGUUUUUGAGAAUUUGUGGUUCUUGUUUAUUUUCCCGUUUUUUUGCCCUUUUUGUAAAAAGUAUAUAUAUAAUAUGGUAAAAUAAAUUCUUUAAAAUCAUUUUUUGCAAUCAAAAUGUAACACAAACCAACACACGAAAAUACACGGUUAAGGAUAAUGCAGAUUGCUGUUAUCCCUAAUAAUAUCUAAAAGAAGGCAAAAGAAUAUGCAAGCAUGAAAGCAAAGGACCGCGUUCAGCGGAUAACGUAGUACUAUUUGGCUAAGAUCAUUAUUUCUGCACGGGAAGUGUGGAAAUAUCGAGCUGAGCAAACGUGUGAAUGAAAUAUGUAAUGAAUUAAGCAAAACACGAUAGAACUAGGUAGAAAUCGAGAGAAGUAUGAAAAAUACAACCUAAAGUGUAAUCCAGUCAGACAGUAAAAGUAAACAGUUUGAAAGAAACAAAUAUAAAACUGCAAACUAAAGAGAAAGGAAAGAACUAAACAUUGGGUUAGGCAGAAAGUAUAUUUUAGUAACAAAAUAAUAAACAAAAAAUCAAAGAAAAAAAAAUCAGAAAAAAUAACUGUGACGGAAAGUAACAGUAGAAUGCGAAAGAGGUAGAGGCAAAAAUAAAAUACUUUCGAUUUGUGUAUAAAGAAAUUUAAAAAGCGCUGAUAGCAAACAAGCUGAAAGCAGCCAGCCGAAGUUUAUUUGAUUGAAGAAUGAUAUUUUUGUCAAUUUUACGUUUAGUUUUAUUUUGUGCCCUUGAUAAGUACGUUAGUACACUUUACAUACUGCUACUAGAACUACACACAAAACACACACAGCUACUACUACUACUACGUGGAUUGGAGUUUUUAAGGAAGACAACAAUAAAAAAAGUAUAGAAAAUAACAUUGUGUAUUCUGCAGCAUUAUUUGA